AUGAUUCAAUUAAAGACGAUGCUCAACUGCAUCGACAAUUCGGGCGCCUCCAUUGUCGAAUGCAUCAAAGUUCUCGGACAGAAGCGUCACGCCCGUAUCGGUGACCGUAUUGUCAUUGUCGUCCAACGUCAACGUGCCUUAGGUCUCUCAGAUUCCGGCCAUAGCAACUCCGCGGCUGCACAGAAGGUUCGAAAGGGUGAUAUCAGACACGCAGUUGUCGUCAGGACGAAGAAGCAGCUGCAGAGGAAAGACGGAAGCGUCGUCAGGUUCGACGAUAAUGCGUGUGUAUUGGUCAAUAAGGCUGGUGAGCCUAUUGGAACGAGAAUGAACGGCGUCGUCGGGCGAGAACUUGGCCAGAAGAAGUGGAGCAAGAUCCUCAGUUUGGCUCCCAUGCACAUCUAA